AGUACUUGGAGUCGGAGUCGGCUCGCAUUCGCAACGUACGCACUUAAAUAGCGCGGCCGGCGGUGGCACGCCGUCACAGAUCGAGAUCGAAACCCUAGCUAGACAGAGAGAGAUCGGAAUCAGGGGAGAGGGAGGGUUUAAUUAGGAAACCAUGUCGACGGCGGCCAAGCCCAAGAUGCUGGCGCUGGAGAGCAGCGACGGGGAGCAGUUCGAGGUGGCGGAGGAGGCCAUGGGCAAGGCGUCGGCCAUGAUCAGGGGCAUCAUCGACGAGGGCUGCGACGACGAGCCCAUCCGCCUUCCGCAGGUCAAGGGCCCCGUCCUCGCCCGCGUGCUCGAGUACGUCAACCGCCACUUCGCCGACCCCAACGACGUCUUGGCCGCCUCCUUCCACAUCCCCAACGCCGACGACCCCAUCAAGCGAUUCGACGACGCCUUCGUCCAGGUCGACCAGGAAACGCUGUUCGACCUCAUCGACGCCGCCAACUACCUGGACAUCCAGAGCCUACUGGACCUGACAUGCAUGACGGUGGCCGACCAGAUGAAGGGCAAGUCGCUCGACGAGAUCCGCAAGCACUUCCACAUCGUCAACGACUACUCCAAGGACGAGGAGGAGGAUGUCCGCAGAGAAAACUCGUGGGCCUUCGAGUAGUAGCACAUCAUAUCCAUCACCACCACAAUUCGGCCGUCAACAGAUCAUCAGUUUGUUACAUCGAUCGAUCCACGCGCGAAAUUGUACGCAAUUCGACUUAUAUCGUUGUUAUGUUAGGACUAGUAUAUUGAUUUACCUCGAGUGUUCAACUUGUUAACUAGUGUUAUAUGUCUGUAUCUUCCUCUGCAAUCGAUCAGACUCGCCUGAUUCUUUAACCCACUGGUCGCGAUCAGCCGAGCUGUUAGAAAGUUUGUUUUAGCACAACAACUUGUGAUUAUCUGGAUUUGAUUGAUGGGUCAAUCGUACGUA